AUGGCGACUUCCCAUUUGAAACGAUACAACACCACCAUCAAAGGUAAGGUCCCGGCCGCAUCAGCUGCCAAAAUAAACGCCAGUCCAUCCACCCCACCAUCCACCCGGCAGAUCGUCCAGGACUGCUCCCGGCGGUCUCAGAUCAUUCCCCUCGAUUGCGUCAAUAUCGAGGUUUCCAAUUUCCCUGCGCGGUUUCACCAGCGGCCAGAGAUUCUCGGUACUACUGUGAUGCCCGUCGACUACUCCCGCCCGGUAGACCAUGUCAUGCGGUAUACUCUCGCUGGGGUAGCCUGGCACUUCGGCCUAGACGGUCUCGAGAUCUAA